UUUAUCGAGUAUAUAUAAUUUCUUGAUCCUUCUCUCCGGGUCUUCACCCGUCGGUCUUCAUUGAAGCCCUCGUUCCAAAUCUGCAAAUCAUUCGUUGGGAACCCUCCGACAUUCUUUUAAUCGAGUUCCACAGGAGAGGGAAGGAGCGAUAGGAAGAUAUAAAUGGAGAGGAUCGUGGGAGAGAAGUACAAAUUAGGUCGCAAAAUAGGCAGCGGAUCGUUUGGCGAAAUUUUUCUUGCGACCCAUAUCGACACCUGUGAAAUCGUCGCCGUGAAGAUUGAAAACCGCAAGACCAAGCAUCCGCAAUUGCUAUAUGAGGCCAAGCUAUAUAAUAUUCUUAAAGGAGGAAGCGGUAUUGCAAACAUGAAAUGGUGUGGAGUAGAUGGAGAAGACAAUGCCCUCAUCCUUGACCUGCUGGGACCAAGUCUUGAAGAUCUUUUCGUCUAUUGUGGAAGAAAGUUCUCCCUGAAAACGGUUUUAAUGUUGGCUGAUCAUAUGAUUACAAGAAUAGAGUAUGUGCAUUCUAAAGGGUAUUUGCAUAGAGACAUCAAACCAGAUAACUUUCUCAUGGGUCUUGGCAGGAAAGCAACUCUGGUUUAUAUGAUUGAUUUUGGACUUGCAAAAAGAUAUCGAGAUCCGACAACAAAUAAGCAUAUUCCUUACAGAGAGAACAAAAACUUGACAGGGACUGCACGUUAUGCAAGUUGCAAUACUCAUUUGGGAAUUGAACAAAGCCGUCGGGAUGAUUUGGAGUCACUUGGCUAUGUUCUCCUGUACUUUCUAAGAGGAAGUCUUCCUUGGCAGGGUCUAAAGGCUGCCAUAAAAAAGCAAAAAUAUGACAAGAUAUGUGAGAAGAAGUUAUCGACUCCUAUUGAGUUCCUGUGCAAGUCCCAUCCUGUGGAGUUCGCAUCAUACUUCCAUUAUUGCCACUCUUUGACUUUUGAUCAAACACCUGAUUAUGGAUUCUUGAAGCGCCUGUUUCGUGACUUGUUUACUCGUGAAGGAUAUGAGUUUGAUUAUGUAUUUGAUUGGACCAUUUUAAAAUACCAGCAGACACAACGGACAAAGAUGCAGGCUCAAUCAACUCCAGUUGGAGUGACUGGCAGCCUACCAAUGCCGAUGGAUGUGAAUAAGCAUAUAGGAAUUAAGGAUGCUUCUUAUUCAGCUCAGGUUACAAAGCCUGGGGGAGCAAGUAAGCAUACACAUCAAGAUGUUCAUAUGCAGUUUAGAUCAUCUACAAGUCGCAAUUUCGGUGUUCCAAACCCAGUGGAGGAACAUACAGUGAGAAAUGUGCCUAUGCCAUCUACUUCAUCUGCUCUGCCAAGAGCUUUAAAAAGUAAAUUUGCUGCACCUGAGGGUCCAGCACAAACUGUUUACAUGGGUCGUGGACUUGGGAAUGGAACUGGUGCUUCAAGCAGCUGGAUGGCAUCAUUAAAACGAAAUUCUUCAACCAAGUAACCGCUAUGGAUCUGAAGUAUUGCACUCAAAGAAUGUACACCGAUGGCAAAAGUGAUAUAGUUUCAAUUGAUUGAGGUCUUCCAUUGCCAGAUCGUAUAAUCUUUUUUUUAUGCGAGGGGACUAGAAAGUACAAACGCAUUGGAUGUUGCUAGGACUGGAUUUGUCGAAGCUUGGCACUAAGCAUUCCAAAGCAUUGGGUUUCUGCAUGCAUAGGUGGCGAAAAUGACCUAACCAGUUUCAUGUUGUGUUGUUCAGUGGAUGAUAUGUAGCGUUUCUUCUACUAUUUUGUUAGUUGAUCAGAGAUAUUCUUUGAUGUUAUUUGGUUGUUUUGACUAUGUAUUUCAUUCAAUUCAGGAUGAGUAGCUUUCUGUUCUUAUUGCUCUAUCUUUUUUGGAUCAAACCCUGGAUGUUGACCUGGAUAAGUUUGAACCCAGGUUCCCAGGCCCUUCGGAAUUUAAAAAGUACUGUAAGAUGUUCUUUCAGAUUUUUAUAUUCGAACAGUACGAAAGGAAGUUGUUCUUCGGAACUCUUGAUGUGAAAUGAAGAUGGUAUGUAGGAAUCUGUCUAUCAAUUUUUGAGGCUUUGGAUCUUAGUGGCUCCGAGGUAACUAGUGUAGUUGAUGUUGUGAGGGCUGAACUUGCAUCAAGUCCAUUUCUCACUCCCUCUCUCCCCCCCCCCGCCUCUUUCUAUUUUUUCACCUUUUGGCCAAGGAAUAGAUCCUAAUCAAUAAAAGAUACAAUAUUUUAUACUUGUGAAUAUAUUUCAUCUUACUUUCAA